ACAGUGAUGGCUUGUAUUUCAGUUCUGAUUCUCUUUUUUCAUGGCACGGAUUUGAUUGCAGUGACUCUGGGCUCUCCAGACACUUUAAUAAUGGUGGCAGAACCUGGUAAUGAUGUCACCAUUUGGAACCAGUAUAACCAGAUAGAACCAGGUUACAUAUAUUGGUUCAAGCAAACAGAUCAUUCUGUGCCACAUCAUGUUGCGUGCCAGUUGUAUUUAAAAUAUUAUCCAUCAGGACCCUGUUCUCUUGUUAAUCAAAGUAAACAUAUUGUGAUGACUGUAAACUCCCAGAACACCUCUCUGACAAUAACUGGAGUGAAUUAUACUGAUUCGGGACUGUAUUACUGUGGCAUUCCGCGAAGCACUCACAUUUCCUUCAGCAAUGCUACUUAUUUACAAGUGAUAGAGCGAAAUGAAACACAUUUCAAAAGAAAAUUUGAAGAAGAGAAAAGUGAAACACCAUCCAAGACCAGUUCUGUAGCUCACUGCUUUUCCAAAGUCUACUUCAUGCUGACAGUGGUGUUCGGUGGUGUGAUUGUGAUUCUCAUCAGUGUUCUUCUAGUCAUGUUGAAGAGGAGAAAACAACACCAAGACGAAACUGACGAUAAAGUACAACAAAAGAAAGAGGAGCAAGAUUCUAAAUAUGCUGCUCUACAGUUUUCUGAAAAGAAAAUCAAGAAAUCAGGGAGACAUACUGAAGUGGUGGACACUGAGGUUGUGUAUUCUUCAGUAAGACACUAGCAGUGUACUGUGAUAGAACAAAGUUAUACAUCAUUCCUUCAUUGUUUGGAACAGCUUUACAUAGUUAAUUAUUUUAACCAACAACAGCCAUAAGAGGCUGUGAUCUCUGCCAUAUUUUUCAUAUCUGUACUCUCUAGUUUUGACAAACACAACCAGAGAAAAGUGUCUGUGUCCUCGAACACAAAAGCAUCAGUUACUAUUUGAAGAUCUGUAAUUGCAUUUGAGCAGUUAAUGUGAUGUACCACAAACUGGAUUAAUUUGGGAGGUUGAUGUGACCAGUGCAACAAUGGAGAGUAUGUUACUUAUAUUCAUGGUAAUGUGCUGUUCAUAGUGUAAAGAAAAAAAAAAAAAAAAAAAAAAUGUAUUUUUUUUUCUUUUUUUUUUUUUUUUACAGCAUGUGUUCACUCUAUAACUAAAUAAAAUGCUUAAAGCAGAGGGGUAAAUGAUACAUAUUAAAAAUGUGUGUGUGUGUGUGUGUGUGUGUGUGUGUGUGUGUUUACACGGAUGUUUUUACGUGAGCUAAAUUACUAAAACA